AUGCAAACCGCUUCGUAUCUUCAUCCGUUCUCUUAUUACUCUGACAGAAGAAGUCUUUUAAAACCAGAUGGGUGCGUUAAAUUACAAAUCCCAUAUUCAAGUCAGCUUGGUAGGAAAGUUCCGCUCACUGGAAGACCUCAGACAUGUAAGUUUCUCAUGCCUAAGCAACAAACCAGAUUGUUUGCAGUUCCCAACACAGAUGAUGGCCACCCUUCUGUCUCUGUGUUAGAAGAUUCAAAUACAAAUCAUGCACCCAAUUCUGAACCGGAGACAGUGUUGCGCAAAUGGUCACCUCCCAGGUAUAUGUGGAGGGGAUUCUCAGCUCUUAUCAUUGCUGGGCAGGUAAUUGUUAGAACUUUAAGGGGCAAAGUGCACUGGAGAAAUACUCUCCAACAAUUAAAGAGAGUUGGGCCAAAUUCAGUCGGGGUCUGUCUCUUAACUUCAGCAUUUGUUGGCAUGGCCUUUACCAUCCAAUUUGUUAGAGAAUUUACUAGAUUAGGGUUAAGCAGAGCUGUUGGCGGGGUUUUAGCCCUGGCUUUCUCAAGGGAGUUGAGUCCUGUAAUUACAUCAAUUGUGGUUGCUGGGCGUAUUGGAAGUGCAUUUGCAGCAGAGCUGGGAACAAUGCAGGUUUCUGAACAAACUGAUACACUGAGAGUUCUUGGGGCAGAUCCUGUUGAUUAUCUUGUGACUCCAAGGGUGAUUGCUACCUGUAUUGCUCUGCCGUUUCUGACUCUAAUGUGUUUUACAGUAGGGAUGGCAUCCAGCGCCCUCCUUGCUGAUGGAAUUUAUGGUGUUAGCAUUAACAUUAUUUUGGAGUCAGCUCGGAGAGCUCUUACCUCUUGGGAUAUAAUUAGUGCAAUGAUCAAGUCACAGGCUUUUGGUGCGAUUAUAUCUAUAGUGAGUUGUGCUUGGGGAGUUACCACUAUGGGAGGAGCCAAGGGUGUUGGGGAGUCAACAACUUCGGCUGUGGUUAUCUCUCUUGUUGGGAUCUUUAUAGCUGAUUUUGUACUCUCUUAUUGUUUCUUCCAGGGAGUUGGAGAUUCAUUGAAGAAUCUGUAA